AUGGUGUUUUAUGAUGCGGCAAAUGGUGAUGACAGUAUUGAACUGGUCAAUAGCUCUCUGGAAACAAAUGCCAGCAGCCAGGAAACUGAGUCAGAGAGAACUGACAUUGUAGAGGUAGAAUUUACUGUUUUGUUUCUUGCUUUCAUUUGUUAUGAUCUAAUAAAUAGUUGUAAUUUUUUUACUUGAGUUAACUAUGGCUAGUUUAUCAACAAUAUCUGAUGCUUCUACUCUGAGUAUUAUUUUUGAACAUUUGUGAUUCAUUUUAGUGUUGGCUUAGAUUUAUAUAAUCUCUUUGUACCUAAUUUUGGUUAACAACUGAAAAAUUAGAGCAAGCAUCGAAUCAGAAUCAGCUAUCGCCACAUUCAAAAUGAAACACAGUCUAGAAACAGAGCUGAAUUUUUUUCUACCUGUUUUGGUCUCUCUACACUUCUAUGUUUUACUUUCAGAGUUUUCCUUCUUAAAUCUCAGUUAAAAGUUCCAAAAUGCUUUCAGACCAUCUUUAUCAACUCAUUACAAUGUUCAUCAAAAUUCACAUAUGGUAGACGGAGUAACAUGUUAUAUUUGCACCCAUUUAGAACAGGCAGCCCUAUUCUUAUGGUAAUCAUUUCUAUCAAAAUAAAAUUAUCACUACUCGUCUAGCAGUAAUUUAGCAUUUGCUAAUAUCAUUCUUCAAGGAAAAAAUGAGCCAGGGUGGAAUGAUGACUUCAUCAAAAGAAUAAAUUAAAAAAAAACAAAAGGGCUAUGAGCCACCUUAAUUUUCAAAUUUUUAAAUAGUUGUACAAGAUUGUGUAAUUAAAAAAUAUUUAUAAUCCCAAAAUGUUAAAAGUAUAAUAGGGUUACAAAUCACUUUUCUUUUAUUAACAGGCACAAGUGCUCCCUAAAAACACCAAGGGGCGUUUGUACUUUAGUAAUCAAGAGGGCCUUGACGCCAGUAGGAACAAAGUGCAGUCACGUCCAAAAAUUGGUAAAUUUGAUCAAUGUAUUUGUAUUGAUUCUAAAAAUGUAGGAUGCUCAUUUUUGUUAUCAAUAUUGUUGUUAUUAUUAUAUUUUUUAAAUUAUUUAAUCAUUAUUCAUUUUGAUGCAUUAUCAUAUAUUUGUUUUGGGUGAGAAAAGAUCCUUUCUAGAUUUUAGGACUGGUCAUUUUUCAGAGGGAGAGAAUUCCAGAUUGUAUUUCAUCAUAUAGUUAAGCUCAGCAUGGAAGCAAAACAAAGCAAAUGCUGUGUUGUGUUUGGUAACCCCAGUAAUUGUUCAUUUAUAGCCACUUGGGUAACCAAUCACAACACAGAAUGGAUUUUUCACCUUGCUUGUGUUUAUACAUAAUUUUGAGUUAAAUGUUUUGUAACUUAUGGGAAACCCAACUUAAGAAAAGGAGACUUUUCUGGCAGUUUAGGCAACAAUGAAGUCACAAACACAUCCUGAAACAGUCAAUACAUACAAAAUCACCUCAAGAUUCAUGAAUUUGUUUGGCAAUUCCAAGGUGCAAUCUUUUUCCUUAAUUAUAAAUCCUUUACAACCAAGCUAGCUGAUUUAGUCAAGAAGCUUGAAUAAAUAUGCCUUGCUAUUCUUUAUUUUUUAGCACUUUUUCCUAACCUUGACUUCAUCUUAUAGUCCAUAAAAACCCAAAACUGACCGGCCAUCAUUCAGCCAUCUUGAUCUCAGACAUGGUCAGCAAUGUAUGUUCAUUGAAUAGCUGGAAGUUUUCCCUAACAGUGCAUGCUCCUUCCUCAGUUAUUUUGGAUCACAUAACAUGUAAUAAAACUGUUUCUCCUUAAACGUCUCUGGGCAAGUAGCAUUGCAGAAUCUAUGACCAGAGAGAGAAACAGUGCAAUGUUUAAGAUGCCAGCAAUGUUGACCAACAUGUGAAAAGAGGGUGAUUAAAGGUGGCUCUGAAUUUUUGCAUCGAAGCAUUUUACAAUUCUCAUACACUUACCCAUGAUUUAGUAAAAAUUUUUGCCUUGUUUUCAGUCACUUUCCAUCAUCUAGUGUCUUCAUUGAGCUAAUAUGUAACAAAUCACUUAAUGACUGCAGACCCCUCCAGAAACAGCCAAUUUUGUUUCCCUUGAAGCUCAAAACUUCCUGAGGCAGAGCAUAUGACAAAAGAAAAAUUUUUUUUGUUAUUUUCUCAAAGAUGAACAGAUCAAGGGGCAUAUGACAACACUUUCUGAAAUUCUUGCAAAUCCAGAUUUUGCUGAUUUCCAUGAUAUUGUAAAAGAGAUCAAUGGUAUGUAUGAUUGAAUAAGAGAAAAGAUGUGCUCAGUAAUUAAUGGUAUAUUGAUUUCUGAUUAAGAUUCUUAAGGAGUCAUUUGAUUUCAAAUUAUCUCAACUGUAAUUGUGUUAUAUUAUUCCUACAUUCCUCUACAAUUCACUUUAUUGUACAGUGUUGUGCACAAAGAAGUUCAAAUCUUUAUCAGUGAAACCUUUUACAUUUCUACAACAUAUUGCAAAAAGGAAUAAUUGUAUUUUAGUGCCAAGAUUCAUUUUGUACCAAUCAUCUUUGCAUCAGAUGACUUCUAAUGCAUCAUAUAAACACAAUUUCAUUUCAUGAUAGCCAGUCCUCCCUAGGCAAUCUCAAAUGAGUCAUUGGAGAAAACCUUCUGGAUUAUUGUCAAAGAUCUUUCUCCAACUUUUGGAAGCCAUUUCAAGUUAUUCUUUAAAAUUUAUAAAGGUAAUAGGACCAAGUGGAGUCCAAUUUGGUCUGUUAUCAUAACAAGUGAUUAACAAAAUCAGACGACCACAAAGAAGGAGUCUGAUUUGUCAAUCACAAGUAUGAUUACAGACUGAAUUGGAUGACACAAAGUCCUGUUACCAAUUAAUCAUAACCAGAAAAACAAAUACCGGUACAUUUAGGACAAACAUGUCCAGUAGAGAAAAUGUCUAAAGUAAAAAAAAUCCCUCCUUUACAGAAAUUCCCCAGUAAAUUUUUUUAGGAUAAGUUAAUGUUGCUAUGGUUAUUGUGAUUGGCUGCUUCUGCUAUCCAAUUACAGGUGUCUGAUUACAGCUAACUGUCCAAUUACAACUUUACAGAAUAACAAAAAAUAAAGUAGCUAAUGCACCAAUCACAUUUGAGGAAAUUGUAACUGUUGUGAUUAGAAACAAAACUGUCUAAUAGAAACAGUGUUAUUGAUAGCAAACACAAAAAUGUGAUUUAGCUGGAAAGUCCAAAUGUUUUUAACAGCUGGUAGAUUACUGUGAUUAUGUGGGCAACCAGUGCCAGGGGUCCUGUCAAGUACCAAGGGCACAAGUUUCCCAGAUAAUCUGAAAUAUAUUAACCACAUCCAUCUCUAGGCUUUCUUCUCACUGAAACUAGAGAAAAUCAAGUUUAGUAAAUUUGAAACUUUUCUCCAUAAAGGAAUGUACUCAUAAGAUUGCAACUUAUGGUAUUUCUGUAUUUCCUUUUCUCAAAUGGCUGUUUGGUUUUGUUACAAAGAAAAACUUUUGGGUGCCAUUGAUUAUGCUGCAAAGAAUUCAACUUCCCUGAAUGCAGUAACAGAAUUGCUGGGAUCCUGUUUUGCUGUUCUUCUGGAGGCCUGUCAUGGAGUGGCAGAUAAGUUUGAGCUUUCAGAUGAUACUGUGGAGGCCUUGGCAGACUUCAAAAGAUGUGAAAGGGAGAGAUAUGAUCUCCUUAAAAAGACAGAGAUGGACAGAGCUGUUGACAAGAGAGAGGAAGGAGUUACUUUACUUGGUAAAUGAAAAAAUAAAUCAUUAAAUCUAGAACCAUUUUGGAGGAAUCCUCUACAGUUUUAUCAUUAUGAUUAUUAUUGUAUUAUUAUUAUUUUCAUGGAUAUAUUAAGAAUUGAUUACCACUACCAAAUUUUUUUUUGGGGUCAUUAACCUGCAUAAAGUAAUGCAUAAACCAAAAGGAUACAUCUCUUUUUGGCAAGUUAAUAAUUUAUGAAAUUUGAACUUGUCCAGUGAGUUGAUAAAGGAAUACACUUGUUCUUUUAUCAACUUUUGUACUAACCACUUUUGGUCUACAAAACAGCUUUAUUGAUAAGUUACCUAGUAAGAACCUCUCAAGCUUAAUGUCUAGAAUGGUCUAGAACAAAUUUCUGGUUCAGUAUUUAAUAUUCUAUUUAUAGAUCAGCAUCAUCAUGACUAAGAAGAAUAGAGAAUUGUAGACAAUUACUUCACAACCUGUUUGUAUACCAUUACAUUACAUGUUUCACACAGUUGAUAGUACUUGAGCAUUAUAAUAAAUAUACUUUAGCUCUAAAUGCAGCACCUGUUAUAUUGCAGAACAAGCCAUGACAAAAGGAAAGGAAGAUGUCAAAAAAGUACUAGAGAGACAGAAGAAGACAGAGGAGGCACAGACUUUGCAGAAGUUUCUCAACAAAAGUGAAGAACUUGAACAAGAAAUUAACAGAGAAAUUGAGGAGCUGAAAUUAAUGAGUGACAACUGUGAAGCUGAUGUGGCUAAGAUAGGUACAUCAUUAGCAAAUCUUUCAAGCAAUCAAUCACUAAUGUAAACUUUUCAUUCACAAAGCAAUCUGAUUUAGGAAUCCUUCAAUCAGUAAUCCAUACAUAUUUGCUACCAUUCAGCAAACCAGCCUGCUAGUCUGUCUGCAGGUCAGACUGUCAGUCAAUCAGUCAGUCAGAUAGCCAAGAAGCCAACCAGGUAUUUAGUCAGUCAGUCAGUGAGUCAGCCAGCCACUUAGUCAGCCAUUUUUCAGCCACUUAGUCAGUCAUUCAAUCAGUCAGAUAGUAAGUCAUUCACUCAGACAGCAAAUUUGGUCAGUCAGGCAAAAAGUCAUUUUGCUUUUAUGAACUGAGUUGAUAAUAUAAAUUGACCACUGUCAAGAGUUUCAAAGCUGACAUUUAGAGAAAUUAUUUGCCCUUCAUCAGAACAAAUAAUUCACUUAGUCAGACAGCCAGUCAGUCAGUUGGUAAUUCUGCCUAUCAGCCAGUUAGCCAAUCAGCCAGUCAGUCAGUAAGUCAGCUUAUCAAUCAGUUAGUGAGUCAGUCAGUCAGUGAGCAAGCCAGUCAGUCAGUCAAUUAUUCAUUCAUUGAUUCAAUCAUUCAUUACAGCUAAUAAUUGAUCAUUUAUUUGGUAAAUUAGUUGCUUAACUUGGUUUCUUAACUGAUGAUUAAUAUCGUAAUCCAGCCCAAAAUUACAAAAAACAAUGUAACGUUACUUUCUUUUGAAAAUUAAAGCUGAAAGCCUUGACACCCUACGUGAGUCUGCUGAGAUUGCCCUCAAAAAGUACACACAGAGAGACCAGAACUUGUGCCAAAAAUUACAACAGAAUAGAAAAGAACAAGAAGAACUGCAGAAACGGUUGAAUGCUCUCAAGGAAAAUGAGCAAAAGUUGGAGGAAGAAAGAGAGAAGGAAAACAAUACCCAGAAGAGAGCAGACUCAGUAAGUUAACAUUAACCCUUGAUAAUAUGAAAUAUUAUCAGUAAAAAUUACCAUCAUCGUUUCUUGUACUUAGUUUUUACUUUUUAAAAGUAACUCCGUUUCCUUUAGCCUUUCUCUUUCUUUUGUGCUGUUUAUAUAAUGCAUUUUAACCAAUUGAAAUAUUAUUAAGUCAAUCUGAAUAUUCAUGAAAACGACGACCAAAAGAACUUCCAAAGCCACACAACACCACGAAUUUACACAAUCCUCGCUGGCUGGCAAGCGUUUGAGGCAAUCCAAAGGCAAUCAUUUCAUUACUAGUCUCCUUCGCAAGUAGCCUGCAGAGCAGGCGUAAUUUUGGCGAGCGAGUGCUGAGUAAUUUCAUGACGAAUAUUAUGGCCGCCAUCUUUGAUUUUAAUGGCAGCGGAAGGGUAAGGAGAAAUAAGAAAUAAAGAGAGAGGCGGGGGUAGGGGAGUGAAGAUUACGCAAGUCGUUCUUAGACUCGUCACGCAACGAUCCCUCCCUCGAACGGCCUUCGUGGAGAGGAGCGUUGCGUGACGAGUCUAAGAACGGCUGCCAAGGAGACUAUUUCAUAACCAGAUUCAAAAAACCGCGGGCUUGUGCUAGGAUACCUAAGAGAUAUAGGUAUAUACGUGGUUGGGAGAUUAAUUAACUUCAACAUGUCUUCCUAUUUCGGAACAACCUGUUUUCCAAGGAUAUAUAGGGUAAUUAAGUGGUUGACAGAGUAAUCAACUUCACAGUGUUUUCUAAGACCUGUGUAUCACUUGACGAUUGUUAAUUCUCACAGUAGAUUGCUAAUAAUUAUUUUCUUCGUCAAUCAGACAGCAAUGGAAGCCGAAAAAGAGUUGGAGAAGUGGCGUCAGCAAAUACAAGAGUUACAAGACAGGUGUCAGGCUGCUCUCCAUGUUAUGGAAGAAUUUAGAGGUAUGAGUACAGUGGCUCCCAAUCUGAAUGACUAUGAUUCAAAGUAAUUCCAUGAUACAGGAAGCAUCGUGUGCUGCGGUUAGUUUGUUUGUGUCGUGAAUUUACCAUGGAAUAAUUUCUACUUUUUUCCUACCGAGUCAAUAUUGGUACAAAGCUGCUCACACCAUUAAGAACAGCAUUUACGCUAAACCCUACUUCUGAACUUAAUUGAUUAUUAUGAAAAAAAAAUCAGUUAAUUCUUUGAUAUUAUUGUUGCCUAACCAAACCCUAAACCUAAGCAAUCAGACAACUUACUAAUUAUCCUAGAAAUAACUUGAUAGAGCAGUUCCCGUUUGAGGGUCCCAAGUAAUCCCGCUUUGGUUUUGCUUUACUUCGUUUUGUGAUUGGUCGGGAAAAUUGGGCCACUCUACCAACCAAUCAAAUGCCAAACUAUAACAAAUCGUGUAAAGGGGGUAAGUUUCUGAAGAAACUGUGGUGCUGCGUCGGUGGGAGAGUAUAGCAGGUAAUUUAGUGUUAACAACUGAGUUGAAAACGUAAAUUAGCCACCGUAAAGGGUAAAAAAAUUGACGUUUCGAGCGUUAGCCCUUCGUUCAAUCGCUCUGACGAAGGGCUUACGCUCGAAACGUCAGCUUUUUUACUCUUUACGGUGGCUAAUUUACGUUUUCAAUUCAGUUGUUAACACUAAAUUACCUGCUAUAACAAAUCGUGACUUAGUCACUAACGUUUUCCCGCGCUUUUGGUAGUUCGCCUGUUUUUCUUGAGCCCUCAUUGGCUUGUGAUGAUAUUAACCUUUGUUCUGAUUUGCCGUUGUGAUUACUCUGAUUAUGGUACUCGGAGACUUGAUUGAAAACUGCUCUAGACCUCUUUGUAUCAAAAGAAUUUAUCUUGGAGUGAGAGUAGUUUCAAUUGACUGUCAAAAAACCAAAACUAAGGUAAUCACAACAACUAAUCAGAAACAAAGGUUAAACAUCAUCAUUAACCAAUGGGAACUCAAAGUAAAAGGGGCAACCUGCUUGACGAGCGGGAAAACGCGAGUGACCAAGCUGAGAUUGGUUUUUGUUUUCCAUUUGAUUGGUUGAGAUUGUGGUGCGAGUUUUUUGGACCAAUCACAUAGCGAAUUAAAGCAAAACCAAAGCAAUCCAGAAUCACGAUCGAUACCCAUUGAAAACUGCUCUUAUCUAUUGUUUGAAUCAACUAAGGCUAGAUUUUCUUUUAAAGACGAGACGAAAAGGAAACAGAAACAGAAUUUUGGCUUACAGCAGCAGAACUUUACUGAGACAAGUCACGAGAUCUUUCUGUUCCCUUUUUUUUCGUUAGAUGGUUCCAGUAAAUUAAUGGAUGCUUCUGUGGAAAGCAAAAAGAAAGAAGAGCGUGAGCUGCACAAACUGGACAUUAUGGCUCACAGACGACUGCGAGAUGCGACGGCAGCAGCUGCUGUUGAAUGCCAGCAACACAUUGAAGAUUGCGAUAAGAACAUUAAAUUCCUCAAAGAUACGGUGGGUUAGACUUUCAUUUCUACUUAAAACUACCCUUUAGCUACACGUGUAGAACAUAAUUUUCAGUGGGGCAACAAGAGCAGUAUUUUAAGGCUUUUAAUAACGAUUGAAUGAGCUUCGUAAGUAACAAUUCUUGACUACACGGAGUUCUUUCUUUCAAUGUCUUUUCUUUUAUUUCAGAUCACAUCUCUGAAAGCACAAAGGAAAGCUAAGGCUAAAAUUGCCUUGAAAGUUGUCGUUGAUGAAAUUGUCGAGAAGUUGAAGAAAUAUGAGGAGUCUUAUUCCGAGAGCAAACAAGCCAGAGCCGAAAAGAAUCAAAAAUUUGACAUCUACACCAAAGAGAUGCAAGACUUAGAUGAACGGCUGGAAGCACUUGGAGAAAUCGUGGAGGCAUUUGAUGAGAUAUGUGAGUAAAAAAGACAAAACGACAAGCGAAUUUACAGACUAGCUGAGAGUUAUGGACCAAAGUGCACUUGCAAAUCCGUACCUAAAACUAAAGAAUACGUUAAGAUGCCUGAAUGACUUUUCAUUACCUCUUGAAAACUAACUUUAUCUUUCUAAAGGAUGUAUAGUUUUACCUUUAAGAAUCUUAAUUUUCACACUGUGGAACUGACAGUUUAGUCUAGUUCAGAUGAAGUCCGGUCGAUUCGCCACAUCAACAUGAUCAACUUGAAACACGUAGAGAGUCGUUUCGAUACAACCUCAGUCAUUUCAACACAAACUAGAUUAUUCUUGCCUUACAACUAAAACUAACGUUUUUACGACCGUAAAUCUGUUCAGACUGUGUGAGAUGCAGCCAUCACGUUAAUUUUAUGAAUUUUUCUUUAUCAGAUCGCCGAGUGCAGCAGGAAGUGAAUGCUCUGUGGGAAGGAGAGGACUUCUCCUCUUUGGAAGACUGA